AUGGGAUACCUAGUGAUUGCCGUGUUUUCUCUCGCUGUGCUGCACGUCGAACGAGUGAUUACUGUUGAGUUUGAGGAGCAGAUGAUUCACAGUGCAGUUGAAGCAUUUCAGUGGAUGAGUAAUGUACUACCGGCUGUUGAAAUGAUACAUAAUAGCAAUUACGAACCUGCUACAGCCAAGACAACGCGAUACCAAUGUCCUUCAAAUCCAUCACCAUCUUCAAAGAAUGCUCACACCUUACCUACUUUUGAGGCGCCUCUAACCCGUGGUGUGCUACCAGAAACUUAUACGUCUUCUGCUUCUCUUUCAUGGGAAACUGAAGCGUGGGAGUACAUCCGGUCUUUAUCAUCGGAGGAGAUCCUCAAAAUGAUUCCAGCGAGAACGGUGCAGAAGAUCAAACCUGCUAUGAAAGCUAACUUCCUGGAUUGCUGUUCAGUAGCCUUCAGAAAGAUCAGAAAUGACCCAACAGAUGAAACAGGCUGGAAAUUGCUGCUGCUGAUACCGCGUAUGGUAUUACAACCGCUUACAAGGGGCGGAAAAGCAAAACUAUCUGUCAUGCAAUCCAUGUAUAAGCAGUUCCGUAACUUCCAAUGGGAGGACUUACUGUCUAGCGGUAGAGAAGACACGAAGAAAGGGAAUGCUAAAGCUAACUCCAGAGAUCACGUCAAGAGAGCUGCCCUAAGUCUGGUCCGAUGUGGUGAACUUUCAAGAGCUGCUUGUGUUCUUACAAGCUCAGGAUUAGCUCCAGCUACUCCAGAUACAGCUCACAAGCUUGCUGAGAAGCAUCCUAUCCGGGUGUUUGACAUUCCGGACAUGCCAUCGCCUGCUAUGCAUAUCAGUUUGUCAAAACAACAUAUGUUUAAUUCCAUCAAGAAAUCACCAAGAGGCUCAGGGUGUGGCCCAUCAGGAUGGCGAUAUGAACACCUAAAAGUUAUUGCUUCCGACACAGUUUCUGCUGAACAGUUGCAUUUUGCUUUUUCUUGUAUUGCCAAUGGAUCAGUCCCUGUUUCAAUUGCCAGGUUGUUGUCCUCAGCACGGCUGAUUGCUUUGCCCAAAGCCUCAGGAGACGUUCGACCAAUAGCUAUUGGAGAAGUGUUCAGAAGAAUUACUGCAAAAUGUAUUUGUGCACAGAUGAAAAGUGAAUUUUCGAAUUUCUUUUCUCCUCUGCAGCAUGGAGUGUCAACAGAGGGAGGAAUAGAUCUUCUUUUACACCAUAUUCAGCUUCUACUAGAAGCCAACAAUGACUGGAUUGUUCUGAAGACUGAUGCUAAAAAUGCCUUUAAUUCAAUCCACCGCUCCCAUUUGCUGCAACAAGUGAUGAAAUCUUUUCCUAUCUUGACAAAUCAUGUCAUGCAAAUGUAUUCUGGGUUUGGUCCUCUGGUCUUCCUACAGAACAACGUCCCUGUUAUUUUGUCAUCUCAAGAAGGCAUCCAUCAGGGAGAUCCUCUAGGACCAGUUCUGUUUUCUUUAGGCAUACAACAAACCCUGGUUGAUUUGCAAAGCAAUUUCCAAGCAAUAAGAGUGCUAGCUUAUCUUGAUGACGUUUUCUUAGAAACAAAAUGUGAAAUAUACUGUUCAUACGACAAAGAAGACACCUUCUCUUCUGAAUAUACCAUACCUGUUUCGAGUGAAGGCAUUGUGAUACUAGGAACACCAAUUGGGAAACGUGAAUAUGUUGCACGAGCAUGUUCCACUAUUGCAGAAAAAGGGAAUGAUCUUUGUAGACAGCUUGUCGACUUGGAUAAUGUGCAAGCAUCCAUGUUGCUUCUUAGAUACUGUCAUACCACACGGCUAAAUCACUUAGCAAGAGGAACGUGUCCAGAAACACUGGCACAGGCAGCUACUAUCCACGACAAGCAAACAAAUCUACCUUCUCUUGUUUGCUAG